GUUUCCUCUCGCCAGUAUCUCCAGAUGAAAUGGCCACUGCUUGAUGUCCAGGCAGGGAGCCUGCAGAGUAGACAAGCCCUCAAGGAUGCCCGGUCCCCAUCGCCGGCACACAUUGUCAGCCCCCUCCCUUGCUGCACUCAGGGACAUGACUGUCAGCACUUCUACCCCCCCUCAGACUUCACUGUCAGCACUCAAGUCUUCAGGGACAUGAAAAGGAGCCACUCCUUACAAAAAGUUGGGGAGCCCUGGUGUAUUGAGUCGAACAAAGUGCCAGUGGUGCAGCACCCUCACCAUGUCCACCCCCUCACGCCUCUUAUCACGUACAGCAAUGAACACUUCACGCCGGGAAACCCACCUCCACACUUACCAGCCGACGUAGACCCCAAAACAGGAAUCCCACGGCCUCCGCACCCUCCAGAUAUAUCCCCGUAUUACCCGCUAUCGCCUGGCACCGUAGGACAAAUCCCCCAUCCGCUAGGAUGGUUAGUACCACAGCAAGGUCAACCAGUGUACCCAAUCACGACAGGAGGAUUCAGACACCCCUACCCCACAGCUCUGACUGUCAAUGCUUCCAUGUCCAGGUUCCCUCCCCAUAUGGUCCCACCACAUCAUACGCUACACACGACGGGCAUUCCGCAUCCGGCCAUAGUCACACCAACAGUCAAACAGGAAUCGUCCCAGAGUGACGUCGGCUCACUCCAUAGCUCAAAGCAUCAGGACUCCAAAAAGGAAGAAGAAAAGAAGAAGCCCCACAUAAAGAAACCUCUUAAUGCAUUCAUGUUGUAUAUGAAGGAAAUGAGAGCAAAGGUCGUAGCUGAGUGCACGUUGAAAGAAAGCGCGGCCAUCAACCAGAUCCUUGGGCGGAGGUGGCACGCACUGUCCAGAGAAGAGCAAGCGAAAUACUAUGAGCUGGCCCGGAAGGAGCGACAGCUUCAUAUGCAGCUGUACCCUGGCUGGUCCGCGCGGGAUAACUAUGGAAAGAAGAAGAAGAGGAAAAGGGACAAGCAGCCGGGAGAGACCAAUGAACACAGCGAAUGUUUCCUAAAUCCUUGCCUUUCACUUCCUCCGAUUACAGACCUGAGCGCUCCUAAGAAAUGCCGAGCGCGCUUUGGCCUUGAUCAACAGAAUAACUGGUGCGGCCCUUGCAGGAGAAAAAAAAAGUGCGUUCGCUACAUACAAGGUGAAGGCAGCUGCCUCAGCCCACCCUCUUCAGAUGGAAGCUUACUAGAUUCGCCUCCCCCCUCCCCCAACCUGCUAGGCUCCCCUCCCCGAGACGCCAAGUCACAGACUGAACAGACCCAGCCUCUGUCGCUGUCCCUGAAGCCCGACCCCCUGGCCCACCUGUCCAUGAUGCCUCCGCCGCCCGCCCUCCUGCUCGCCGAGGCCACCCACAAGGCCUCCGCCCUCUGUCCCAAUGGGGCCCUGGACCUGCCCCCAACCGCUUUGCAGCCUGCCGCCCCCUCCUCAUCAGUUGCACAGCCGUCGACUUCUUCCUUACAUUCCCACAGCUCCCUGGCCGGGACCCAGCCCCAGCCGCUGUCGCUCGUCACCAAGUCUUUAGAAUAGCUUUAGCGUCGUGAACCCCAGUUGCUUUGUUUAUGGUUUUGUUUCACUUUUCUUUAUUUGGCCCCCCUCCCCCCCACCUUGAAAGGUUUUGUUUUGUACUCUCUUAAUUUUGUGCCACGUGGCUACAUUAGUUGAUGUUUAUCGAGUUCAUUGGUCAAUAUUUGACCCAUUCUUAUUUCAAUUUCUCCUUUUAAAUAUGUAGAUGAGAGAAGAACCUCAUGAUUCUACCAAAAUUUUUAUCAACAGCUGUUUAAAGUCUUUGUAGCGUUUAAAAAAUAUAUAUAUAUACAUAACUGUUAUGUAGUUCGGAUAGCUUAGUUUUAAAAGACUGAUUAAAAAACAAAAAGAAAAAAAAAGAAGCAAUUUUGAAGCAGCCCUCCAGAAGGAGUUGGUUCUGUAUUAUUUGUAUUAAAUACGAGCUUGCGAACCAAUCAUUUUACAUCUGGUUUUUAAACCGUAAGGGCACCACGAAUGCAGUGCCAUUACUUUUUUGUUUUUUUUUCUGUGUGAAACAACUUUUAUUGUGAUGUUACUUGUUAUUGUUUAAAUGUACAGAAACAAAGGGUAAAAAUGUGUUAAUAUACCUUGUUCCAUGGUGGUGUUCUUUUGGGGGGAGGGGAUGCUACUCAACACUUAAUAGAAUCACAAUGCUGUUGGGCCAGUAGUAUUUAUUGCUUUAGAGAUUGCUUGUCGUACCUGUAUGUCGUCCCUUUUUAAAUAUGUUUUCCUUUUUCUUGAAACUGUAUAAAGUUUUUUUUCCCCCUUAGCAUAAGCAUCUUAUAUAUAACAACUCAUUUGUACAAGGUUUUUAAGUUUAUAUAUAAAAUGUGUAUAUAUAUUUUUGUUUCCCUUUUUGACUUUUUUUUUUUUUUUUUUUUUUUUUUUGCUGUAUGAAACCCAGUUGUCACCAAAUGGACAUUAAUAGUUGCAUUAAGGAUCAGUAGCAUUAACAAAAGUUGCUUUAAAAGCCAUUAUGUAAAACAAGACUUGAAAAUGAGUGAGGGAAUUUUAGCGACACUGUCUGAGCAGCAGUGGGAACCAUCUUUUUCCCCUUUGAACUCCCAGUGGGAUGCCCUACCCUGCGCCCUUAGGGCCUGGACUGACCGUGUGCAGAACUUUACGUGCCAAAAUUCUCAGUGAAUUUAGCUUUCUCCCUCUUUUUGAUGCUGUAAUUUUUGUUCAUCAUGUUUUGCUGUGAUGUUACAUAGGUAGAUUUGUAUGUAGUUUUAAUGUCACCUAUAACAAAAUGUGUUUGGUAGCAGAUUGUCCAGAAAGCAUUUUAAAUGAAGAGGUAUAAACCCUUAAGGGCCAAAAUUCUGUAUAUUAGAUUACUCUUACACGAAAAACCGGCUGCCGCUUUUAUGUACACAUAUUACAUACGAGUAGGCAGCAGACUUUAAAACUAAAAAAAAUCUAGGCAUGUUGAUGUUGCAGACUGCUGUAUAAAGCUGAAACCUGUUCAUUCAGUGCCAUUGUAGUUGACAUGAAGCGAUUGUAAACCUGUCUCCGAUUUUUCUCUGGUUUAUUAAAAUGCUAACUAUAACAUUUUUUGUGAAUACUUUGAAUGUUUCCUAACAGUUGUGAUGUUACUGUUCCGUUUUAUGCUCUUAUUCCAAGUUCAUUUUUAAUGGUUUGGAAGCCAUUUUUGUAAUGAAUAAAUGUUCAUGCUGUACAGUAUCUGUAGCAUGCCGUUCUGGAUUAAUAAAAGCAACUUAGUCUGUGCAGAUAAA